AUGGACACGACGCUCGCUGCCACGAACGCGCUGCGAAACUAUGAUCCCGAGACGCGGACACUCCGCCUGCGCCAGCCUGGAGAAAGCGGGGAGGACACGGUCGAGAAGGCAGUCGACGGACUGGCUGAGGAGAUUGUGGCCGAGGACGAGGCGCGCCGCGCUGAGGAACUCGACCUCUUCAACAUCCAGCCGCAGCGCGUAAACGCGGACCUGAAGCGAGACAUGAGCCGACGGAUGGGCAAGCUCGAGCGCCGAACGAACGAGGCAAUCGCGACCAUCUUCCGCCAGCGGCUGCAGGCCCAGCGCAAGGGUGAUGACGGACCGGAUCUGCUCGCGGGCAUCUCGGCGGCGCAGCGCGAGAACGACGACGCGACGAGGGAGGACAGCGACGACGAGUAA